AUGGCAUGGCUAAUUAUCAUCAUAUCAUUAAUAGUUCUCUGGGUCGCUUCUCUUUGCAAAAUUUUUCGUGGAUCCUUCCACGAUGCCAAAGCUGCAUUCUUAAAUGAUGGAAGUGUUUUUGGAAGGAGAAAUGUCUUAUUGGUUAUUGCGCAUCCUGAUGAUGAGUCCAUGUUGUUUACUCCAGCCAUUAAUUACCUAACUUCGAGGGGACAUAAUCUUUACAUACUAUGCUUGUCAACUGGCGACGCAGAUGGGAAGGGUAGCAUUAGAAAUGAAGAACUCUUUCUGGCCUCCGCAAUAAUCAAGAUUCCUCACCAGCAAGUGAAGAUUCUGGACCAUCCAAAUUUGCAGGAUGGUUUUGGUAAAGUAUGGGAUUGGAAUCUAAUAGCAGAAUUUGUUGAGGACGAAAUUCGUGCCCAUGCUAUUGACUUGAUCAUUACAUUUGAUGACUAUGGUGUCUCUGGUCACUGUAACCAUCGUGACGUGCAUCGAGGUGUACAAAAGCUGUUGCAUGAUUUUUCAGAAAGACCUCCCAAAGCCUGGGAGCUUGUGAGUACGAGCAUAUUCCGCAAACAAUUACAAUGCUUGCUCAAUGAAGAUCCCAGUAAGACUUAUGCUGCAAUGGCUCAAAACAGAAGCCAAUGGAUUUGGUUUCGAAAGCUUUUUGUGUGGUUUUCUAGUUAUACUUAUGUCAACACUCUUAAGAGGAUUCAGUAA